ACUCUCAUUUCAGUGCUGCGAAGCCUCUACGCUUUGCCAAUGGACUGCUACAAACGAGGCGACUUUGAGGUGGAGCUUCAAUUGGACAAUAGAGGUGGUAUGAAAGAGCAGGCCGUCGGCGCUGUGGCCAAGGACGCAGCCAGUGCGUCUCAAUAUGUCGUGUUUUUCACGACCGAUGACUGCAACCCAGAAAAUGUCAUUGACAAUGCAUGGUUGGAUUACGGGUGCUCUUCGGGGUUGCCAAACAACCCUCAUGGAUAUAAAAGU